AUGGAGGCUCCUCAGGUCCAGCUGGUAGAAUACCAGGGAAACAAAUACCAUGUUGUCAAGGAGGGUCUGGCGAAGAUUCUCAACCCGCCUGCACAAGAGGCCGCCUCCAAGGGAACGAAGAAGGAUCUUAAAGGCGACGACCAAAUGCAAUCCGUCUUCUACAACCCAAUUCAACAAUUUAAUCGCGACCUCAGUGUGCUAGCCAUUCGCGCCCAUGGAGAACACAUAAUCGACCUGAAGAAGCAAAAAGCGGCCCAGAAGCAGAAGAAGCAGGCAGGCAACCGAGAAAAGAAACGGAAGCGUGAAGACGACCAGGCCGAGAAUUCCAGGCCCGCCCCGAAAAUAGAACAUAAGGAAAACACAGAGACGAACGAUCAGGAAGUCUCCGCUCCAGCUGUUGACCAAGAACCUCAAUCAGAAGCCCGACCAGAGCAACCCGCAGGUUCCUUCACUGUCCUUGAUGCUCUCUCUGCGACUGGACUGCGCGCUCUUCGCUAUGCCUCGGAGCUUCCAUUUGUCACAAAGGUCGUGGCUAAUGACCUGUCAAAGUCAGCAAUCGAGUCUAUGAAGAAAAACAUCGACUACAACAACCUUAAAACGAUUCAACCCAAUCUGGCCGAUGCUCGAGUUUACAUGUAUGGGCUUGACCCUGCGAGCAAGUUCGAUGUCAUUGAUUUGGAUCCAUAUGGCACAGCAUCUCCGUUCCUGGAUGCCGCAGUGCAAGCAGCCAAAGACGGUGGCCUUUUGUGUGUUACUUGCACCGAUGCCGGUGUCUGGGCCUCCACCGGCUACUCGGAAAAAGCAUUUUCUCUGUACGGUGGUAUCCCCGUCAAAGGCCUCCACUCCCACGAAGGUGGCCUGCGAUUGAUCUUGAACGCCAUUGCCAUGUCUGCAGCUAAAUAUGGAAUGGCUAUCGAGCCAUUAUUGUCUCUGUCCAUUGACUUUUACGCUCGGGUCUUUGUUCGGGUCUAUCAAUCUCCUGCACAGGUCAAAUUUACCGCGGGAAACACAAUGCUUGUUUACAAUUGCGAUGUUGGCUGUGGUGCAUGGUCAACACAGGCCAUCGGGUCUACCAGAUCCAAAUUGGACCGCAAGGGAAACCCCAUAUACCACCACGGCCUGGCUAAGGGGCCCACGGCCGGACCGUACUGCGAGCAUUGCGGCACAAGAACACAUCUUGCAGGACCCAUGUGGGGUGGUCCGCUACACAAUCCUGACUUUAUCCAGAAAAUCUUGGACAUGCUUCCAGGAGCUGAUCCUGAAACGUAUCAAACUUGUGCUCGGAUUGAGGGAAUGUUGACCACUGCCCUUGAAGAGGACCUGGACCUUACACCAUCCAACUCCGAGUCAUCCUCUCCCGAAAAGCCUGCGCCAGGCACAAAGAACCAGCAUGAUCCUGCAUACCCUGCCAUCAUUCCUCGAAUGGACGUUGCUGCUCGGGAAAAAUACCCUUUCUUCUUCUCACUCAGUGCUCUCUCAAAGGUUCUCCACGCAACCACUAUUCCAAUCGACAAUUUCCGCGGAGCUCUCAGCCAUCUCGGAUAUCGCUCCACUCGCAGCCACACCAAACCAAACUCAAUUCGCACUGAUGCGCCCUGGGAGGUUAUUUGGGAGAUCAUGCGCGAGUGGGUCCGUCAGAAAUCACCCAUCAAGGAGACAUCCUUGAAGCCCGGAACCGCCGGUGCUGCGAUCAUGGCCAAGGGCCGUGAGAACCUGCGCAAAUUGAGCGAUGAAGAUCAAUGGCUAUCUCUUCUCAAAAAGGACCUGCUGUCUGCCAUUGAGGCUGGCAGGGAUGUCAGUGACUUGGUCACCAAGGUUGAAGCCGCUCUCUACCGGUCCGGAUCGCGAGCCACCUGGCAACGUGCUCCUACUUCUGCAGAGAUUCGUCCCGAUGCCGACCCCCAGCCUGUACCGGAAGUGGUAAAGGAACCUGCAAAGCCCUCCAUGCGAGCUCACCCUAGUACCCUUGAGGUGGUGUUUGAUGAGGCUCUUGGCCGUCAGGUGUCUGCGGCGCAUACCAAGAAACGACUAGUGCGAUACCAGCUCAACCCUCGUGCUAACUGGGGUCCUCUCAAUCGUGCGGGGCGAUCAUGA